AUGUCAAGCCCAGGCCAAUUUCCGCAUGCAUUCGUGGCAGCCAUGGCCGCUGUGGGUGGUGAGCUGAAAAGUGUCGUUCAGCACCUGCGAGCUUUGCAGAGAAGAUUGUGCAGACGCAAAAGACUUGAGCUUGCCAAGGAGGAAGGAACUAGCGACCCCCGAGAGCAUGUGAUGCUCAAAGUACAGCCUACUGCAACAUCUGUUUUGGCUGUUUUCGAGUUGAGCGGCAGAAAUUCUGCUUGUGCUGCACGCUUUUUGGCGGCCAAGAACAAGUUGAAUGUGGCAGAGGCUUCCUUGUCAAAUUCUUUAGCUUCUGCAAUUGAAGAUGCCUAUUUGCAGGUGCCUUUCGAAACCAUUGUGGGCCUCUUAGAUAGUCCCACAUGCCCACGCCACCGUCGUGACUUGUUUGCGGCGGGUCGCUUUAUAGUUGAAACGCAGCUAUACACAUGGCUGCUUGCCCAAAACAAGAAAGGGGUUGCACCUGGGAGGCAACAAUUAGUAGCAGAAGCGUGCAGGCUGACUCCAAAGGAUUUGCCGCAUGAUGUGGCAGCCAUGCUGGAGCAGUACUGGAAAAGCAAUGGACGCGCAAGGUCACAAAGAAAGUGGUUGCGCCGCUUUCGUUUUGAACAUGGUCUACAGUUGGGCCGCGUGCGUGUGCAGGCAGUGAUGCCUCUAGCAGACAUGCAGCGCAAGGCGAAAGCUUUUUGGAGAUGGAGCAACUACGUUCAUGCACAAUCAAGCAGCUCGGGUCCUCUUCUCUUGCUGAACAUGGACGAAACUUCCAUUGCUUUGAAGCCAACCGCGAAGGUUGGCACUGCCGCCCGGGGCUUCACAGGGCACAAGGCUGUAGAUGCCGCAUCUUUGGCUGAGACGCGGGCUCGGUUCACAUUGAUGUGCACGAUUUGCAAUGACACGUCUGUGCAGCCAUUCCUUCCGCAGGUUCUCCUCACGAACGGUCGGUUUCUUGGAAAGAAGGCCAAAGUGGAGAAACUCAGGGGCAAUCUGUCCGUUUGGACCCAGAAAAGCGCUUGGUCAUGCCAUGCUACACUGAGACGAUAUAUUUCUUUGCUUGGAUUCAAGCUCAAGGCUGCAGCUCCGGGCCGUGACUAUGCACUACUUCUAGAUUGCGCGCCUUCUCACUUGCACGGUUCCAUUAAAAGGCAAGCGAAGCUCAACCAUAUUCGUUUGGUCUACAUUGCAGCUGGGCUCACACGUUGCCUUCAACCAGCAGACACAGAUCUAUUUUCGCGGCUGAAGGAGAAAAUCGCAGAGCUAUAUCGUUCACAGCAAUCAAUGAGUGUGGACGGAAAGAUUUCGCCUGCCCAAUGGCUGGAGAUCUUGGGUUCAUCUUUACAAUCAAUUCUACCAGCUGUGAAAUGGAGCCGGGCCUUCGCCAAGGUUGGUGCUUCGAAUUGGCAAAAGGAUGUGUGCCAAUCUUUACUCUUUGAAUUCGGUUGGCCAAGUGUACCGACCAUCCCACCAGGGCCUCCGACUGAGUCGGAGGCCCGCGACAUUUUCCCUAAGGGAAGAAGUAAGCUGGAUGUUCUGUCCUAUGUGCAUUGGAAGCAGCCAGCGGCCAAAGGCCAAUUUCCGUAUGCAUUCGUGGCAGCCAUGGCCGCUGUGGGUGGUGAGCUGAAAAGUGUCGUUCAGCACCUGCGAGCUUUGCAGAGAAGAUUGUGCAGACGCAAAAGACUUGAGCUUGCCAAGGAGGAAGGAACUAGCGACCCCCGAGAGCAUGUGAUGCUCAAAGUACAGCCUACUGCAACAUCUGUUUUGGCUGUUUUCGAGUUGAGCGGCAGAAAUUCUGCUUGUGCUGCACGCUUUUUGGCGGCCAAGAACAAGUUGAAUGUGGCAGAGGCUUCCUUGUCAAAUUCUUUAGCUUCUGCAAUUGAAGAUGCCUAUUUGCAGGUGCCUUUCGAAACCAUUGUGGGCCUCUUAGAUAGUCCCACAUGCCCACGCCACCGUCGUGACUUGUUUGCGGCGGGUCGCUUUAUAGUUGAAACGCAGCUAUACACAUGGCUGCUUGCCCAAAACAAGAAAGGGGUUGCACCUGGGAGGCAACAAUUAGUAGCAGAAGCGUGCAGGCUGACUCCAAAGGAUUUGCCGCAUGAUGUGGCAGCCAUGCUGGAGCAGUACUGGAAAGGCAAUGGACGCGCAAGGUCACAAAGAAAGUGGUUGCGCCGCUUUCGUUUUGAACAUGGUCUACAGUUGGGCCGCGUGCGUGUGCAGGCAGUGAUGCCUCUAGCAGACAUGCAGCGCAAGGCGAAAGCUUUUUGGAGAUGGAGCAACUACGUUCAUGCACAAUCAAGCAGCUCGGGUCCUCUUCUCUUGCUGAACAUGGACGAAACUUCCAUUGCUUUGAAGCCAACCGCGAAGGUUGGCACUGCCGCCCGGGGCUUCACAGGGCACAAGGCUGUAGAUGCCGCAUCUUUGGCUGAGACGCGGGCUCGGUUCACAUUGAUGUGCACGAUUUGCAAUGACACGUCUGUGCAGCCAUUCCUUCCGCAGGUUCUCCUCACGAACGGUCGGUUUCUUGGAAAGAAGGCCAAAGUGGAGAAACUCAGGGGCAAUCUGUCCGUUUGGACCCAGAAAAGCGCUUGGUCAUGCCAUGCUACACUGAGACGAUAUAUUUCUUUGCUUGGAUUCAAGCUCAAGGCUGCAGCUCCGGGCCGCAAGCGAAGCUCAACCAUAUUCGUUUGGUCUACAUUGCAGCUGGGCUCACACGUUGCCUUCAACCAGCAGACACAGAUCUAUUUUCGCGGCUGA